AAACCCUCCACGCCGCGCUCCGUGCGGCCAGACCGCGCGCAGCGACCUCCGCACAGGUGGUCGCGCCGGUCCCUGCCGCAAUGUCGACCAAAGUUCUCCUGAUCCUCUUGGGCACGCUGGUAAUCCUUCCGUGCAUUGAAGGACCUCAAGUUGAAUCAGAGGAGGGAUCCUUUGCCAGUGAUGAUGAGGUCUAUGGCCCAAAGCCCCAGCCUCCUGAAAAGGAACUCUCCUCUGAAGAAAUAAAGCCCACUGCUGUUGGUACCCAUGAGAAACUUGGCAAAAUGCCAACAGCCACGGAAAUCCUGGAUGGCAUCUUCCAUAACUAUGACUACAAACUGCGCCCUGGCAUUGGAGAGAGACCCACUGUGGUCACUGUUGAACUGUCUGUCAACACCCUUGGGCCUCUCUCUAUCAUGGACAUGGAAUACACCAUUGACAUCACCUUCUGCCAGACUUGGUAUGACGAACGCCUUCGUUUCAAUGGCAGCUUUGAGAGCUUUGUUCUGAGUGGCAACUUGGUGAGCCUGCUGUGGGUCCCAGACACCUUUUUUAGGAAUUCUAAGAGGACCCAUGAGCACUCAAUCACCAUGCCCAACCAGAUGGUCCGCAUCCACAAGGAUGGCAAGGUGUUGUACACCAUCAGGAUGACCAUUGAGGCUGGAUGCUCACUCCACAUGCUCAAAUUUCCAAUGGACUCUCACUCUUGCCCUCUGUCUUUCUCUAGCUUUUCCUAUCCUGAGAAUGACCUAAUCUACGAGUGGGAAAAUUUCACACUUAAAAUCAAUGAGAGUAAUUCCUGGAAGCUCUUCCAGUUUGACUUUACAGGAGUGAGCAACACGACUGAAACUGUCACAACCCUGGCUGGUGAUUUUGUAGUCAUGACGCUUUACUUCAACGUGAGCAGGCGGUUUGGCUUUGUGGCCUUUCAUAACUAUGUUCCUUCCUCUGUGACCACAAUGGUCUCCUGGAUUUCCUUUUGGAUCAAGAAAGAAUCUGCUCCAGCCAGGACUUCUCUAGGCAUCACCUCUGUACUCACCAUGACCACUUUGGGCACCUUCUCUCGGAAGAAUUUCCCACGCGUAUCCUAUAUCACAGCCUUAGAUUUCUACAUCGCUAUCUGCUUCGUCUUCUGCUUUUGUGCUCUGUUGGAGUUUGCUGUGCUCAACUUCCUGACCUACAACCGGACAGCGCCCCGUAGUUCUCCCAUACUUCGCCAUCCUCGUGCCCCGAUCCGUGUGCGCAUCCCUGUCAUUGAGCAUCCGGAAGCUUUUGUGUGCGACAUUGAGGACUCCGAGGAGGAGGAGGCGGGGGAGAGUGAGGAAGACGAAGGCCCAUCCUGCCCAGCCCGGCAGGCCGCCAGGCCAAGCCGCCCCCGGCGCUCUGCUGGCUGCAGCAGGUGGUGCGAUAAGUACUGUUGCAUGGUCCCCACUUGUGACGCCAGCAGCUGGCAGCAGGGCCGCCUCUUCAUCCAUGUCUACCGCUUGGAUAACUACUCGCGAGUGAUUUUCCCGGUCACCUUCUUCUUCUUCAAUGUGAUCUAUUGGCUUGUUUGCCUUAACCUGUAGGUGCCAGCUGGUACCCUGUGGGGCAGCCUCCCCAGUUCCCCAGGAGGUCCCACAGCCUUUGCUAAGGGAGUUGGAGGAAAGCAGCAACCAGAGAAUGUCUUUCCUUCCCCUUCCCCAGCCGGCAGCUGGCAGGGCUCCUUGCCAGUCGCACCCCACCUGGCCCGUUCACCAAAUCUCCUUAGUGGCCCAUCUCAAGUAGAAUGGCCCCAUCUCUGUUCUUCCCGGGGCAUGUGUGACACUCAGGCUUCGAAACGUAGACUCAGCGACCAGCUCCCUAAGAUGGUGUCCAUGUGUGAGCGGAUUAGCCAUCUCCCCAAAGGGCUAACACCCACUGCCUUUUCCCAGAAACCCAGCACUGCCUUUGUGGUGCUCUGGGCCUAGCUCUGGCCUCAGCCUCAAAGUGCACACACCAGCUGCUUGCCUGAUCCUGGCACCUCCUAAUGAUGCCGGGCAGCAGUGUAACGGGGAGGGGAUCUCGGUCCUAGGUCCGAUUAUUAUAUUCUUGACUCUUGUCUCCCUGCCCUCCCUUCCCCUGCAUAUAGAUGGGCACUGGCGUGAUUCCUUUAGGAGGAAAGGGGAGCCAGCAAGUGAGGACAGUACCCCUCCCUCUGCUGCUGUGACACCUCCCUCUUCCCUCCCCGCGGGCCUUCAUUGCUCAUCUUCACCACCAGUUCAAUGCCUUGCAUCCAGUGGGUGUCUAUUUUUGUGUGUGAUGAUAGUAAUGACCCCCUGCUUUGUAUGCCCCUUUCUUCCUCCCCCUUGGCCCCUGUGACUUUUCUGUGACUUCCCCGGUGACUUUCCCAGCCCCAACCCAGGUGCUAGGCCAUGGUGACUUCCCGGGGCCAAGAAACUAAGGGAAUUCUGCUCUCUGCAGUGGGCAUUACCCGCAUUGAUUGGUGCCCAGUCGAGGCACAGCAUAGGAGUUCUGCCACUUCCUUGACCCCUGGACCUGUGAGCAGGUCCACUCCUAUUUCUGGGGGCACUCUGACAAUCACAAUCAAUCAAUUGAAUUCCCUUAAAUUUGUACAGCACUUUACCUUUUGCAAAAGCACUUUUGACAAAUUAUUUCUAUUUUGAGCCUCAUAGCCCAGUGAUAUAUUCAGGGCAGGAUUCUUAUCCCCAUUUUGCAGAUGAGAACCCUGAGGCACAGAUUUCUAUGGGACUGUGGAUCUCACUGGAAACUACCCAGGAGCCCACUGUCAUGUGACAGGGCUAGGCAGCUCUUUCCACCAUGAUUUGAUUCUAUAGCCUCUGCUGGCACCCCAGUGGCAGGGCCCAGAGUGGCAGCCUCUUUUCAGCAUUGGCCUGCUCAAUUCCUGGGCCUCAGGUGCUCAGACUGCCCCAAAGAUCUAAUCUCUCCUGGCUCUAGUAACCCAGUGAGGUGAAUUUAGACACGCCCCAAUGCUUGUAUAUGCUGAAUGAAAUCUGUGUCUGUAUUUUAUUGGG